GGUUCCAAGCUCGAAAUUCACGUUGCUCAUGUCGUAUGAUUCCUUUGACAGUGUGCAGCGCAAUCGGUAACUGUGACCUGGAGACAUGCACCAGCAGCAGCAACCAGGUGUGUAGUCGCUGUGAGGGGGUCGUGCUGGACCAGGCAGGACACAGGGCAUAUGUGGCGUCUUCUAAUAGGAGAUCUUGCAUACAAGCGUGUUCGUGGCGGAGUGACAGCACCCGGUGUUAUCCCGGGACCUGCAGGAACGAGUACGCCAGAAACUGUGCCUGCUCCAGCGGCUUCACAGGGAAACAUUGUCAGACACUUGUAACGAAGUCCACAAUAAACUACAACUUCCUAAGACUGACCACCAGCAACGGCGACAUGACAGAGGCACGUCCCGACAUCAACAGUGGUCCAUCUCAGUCCACCAGCUCGUCAAACAUCAACUCUCCAUCCAGAAUGUACUACAAGUUUACGGCAGAAUACAAAAUGGUACCUCCAUCCAGACUAGCCUUCAUUGAAGACUUCCGUGUUGGAAUUGUCAUUGGUUCUGCUACAUUCAAACUAAAGAGAGAUGCAGGUGUUGUCUCCACUAAGGUCUAUAACUGUGGUGGAGCCAGCCGAAGCAGCCCGGAUACAGACCUGUACACCUGUGAAGGAAACCCAUCAGGGGCGUCUGUACUUCCUCUACCCUUCCAACACAGAGAUGUUAUGGAAUUCACUUAUUCAACAAGUAAUGGAGGGUAUGUGAAGGUCUGGAACAAGGAGAGUAACACACUAGCGACCUACUACUACAACGGUGCUACACAGACCCACACCUUUACUGUGUCCAUAGACCUGGUGGAUCCCUAUCACUGUAUUGGUACUACUGCCUGUGUUGGCAGCAUGCUGAAUGUUCCCGAUGUUAUCAAGACUUCAACAGUGAACCUCCGCUGGAGUGGCUGGUCAGAUGCUGACGCAGGAGUCGACCACUUUGUGAGGGACGUGUAUGAACUCCACGCUGUUGGGGAUGUCCUCAAAGAUAAACGUCGUCUUAAAACUCCAACAUUGACAAGCUCAACUACGACCAACAGCUACACACUGACUGAGGUAGGCGUGUACUCGGUUGUCCUAACUGCCUAUGACAGGGGAGUUAAUCACAGAAGUACAAGAAGAAUCCUGAUAUAUGAUGGUACUUCAUCUGUAACAACACAAGCAAAUACAUCUCUCCGUGUGACAACAGCAUCAUCAGCAACAUCAGAGUGGCAAACUACGUCACCAUCAGUGACAGUAGACUGGACCAACAGAUACAUCAACACAGUCCACCACAACAACAAGUGGCUCCUGGGCGUAGCUUCUCUGGGUGACAUCGGCUCGGGCUAUGAUGAUAACGAUGGAAGCAGAGAUACAGGUGAUGUCAGAAAUCCUCAAGAUUGGAGUUCUAUGUGUACGAUGGACACAGUGGCGUGGAAACGGUGGAAUGGAGACUCGUACAAAAACGGCAAGAUGAAGAUAUGAUGUUAUCUGUCAAAUUAAUUUCUACUCAAGUCUACCGUGUAAGUGACUGGUUCCGCUUGCUGUCCAGAAUUUAGGUCAAUGGGACAAAGACAAAAGCAACUAACACCCGUGUAUGUCUACCAUUAUUACUCUUAGAAUUUGUAUUUCGAACUAUUGAACCUCAAUACACAGUAAUAAUUACAAUUCUAUAUGAGUAAAACUCCAAUGAAAUGUCAUCAAAUUUAAUAUUUUGAUGAACGAAUGAUUCCAGACUCUGGACGACUGCAACACCAUGCACGAUGCAAGGGAUGGUAACUGUUAUUGUACUCCAGCUGGUACAUGUUAUCAUCCCCACUUCCAAGUGAAACCAGCCCUGGAAGACAUGAAGGACUGACUGACUGACUGACUGAGUUUGGUUUUACGCCGCUUUUAGCAAUAUUCCAGCAAUA